GACAGAAUCAGCUCGGCAUUUUGUGGGCGGGAAGAGAUGAAAUCGAAAAAGCACAAGGAUUUCUGGAAAUCGCCGAAUCUAUGUAUUUUCUCUACAUGAGAGAGGAUGGUCAACCACCACUAGAUCUUCAAGACUAUUUUGUGUUGGAGGGAGAAGAAUUAUCCCAACAAGAGAAGAUAAGAAGGUUUGAAAUGGCAUACACGCACACACUGUAUUAUCUGGCUCAAGUGUACAAGAAUCUGCAGCAGUAUGAGAGAUCUGGACAGUACUGUCACAGUACACUACAGAGGCAGCUGGAGUACAAGCAGUUUGUGCCGCUUGAGUGGGCCAUUAAUGCAGCCACACUGUCACAGUACUACAUCACCAAGGUAUGAUGU